UUAAGGUUUAACUUAACACUCCUAAGAUGGUGCGGAUUUCUCGAUUCAGCCCUGCAGACCCCAGGGUAGAAAUUGCUCUCAGAGAACCCGAUGACCUCCACGGGGACGCUGCACUCAGCCAUCGACGUGCCCCUGCCCCUCAGGAUCGUCGUAAUUCAAUAGUAGAUGCGGGUGGCGUUGAAAGCAUCACUCGGUGUCCCCAAGAGCUUCCUCAGAUGAUGGCUGCAGCAGCCGAUGGUUUGGGGAGCAUAGCGAUAGACACGACCCAGCUCGCCAUGUCCGUGACAGAUCCCGCUGCGUGGGCCACAGCCAUGAAUAACUUAGGCAUGGUUCCUGUCGGGUUGCCCGGGCAGCAGCUCGUGUCUGACUCAAUCUGUGUCCCAGGCUUUGACCCCAGCCUCAACAUGAUGACUGGAAUCACCCCCAUUAACCCGAUGAUACCGGGACUGGGGCUCGUCCCACCCCCACCCCCAACAGAAGUGGCCGUCGUCAAAGAAAUAAUCCACUGCAAAAGCUGUACCCUCUUCCCUCAAAAUCCAAAUCUUCCACCUCCUUCCACAAGAGAACGACCUCCUGGGUGUAAGACUGUGUUUGUCGGAGGAUUACCAGAAAAUGCGACUGAGGAGAUUAUUCAAGAAGUCUUUGAGCAGUGCGGUGAUAUCACGGCAAUUCGGAAAAGCAAGAAGAAUUUUUGUCACAUUCGCUUUGCAGAGGAAUUCAUGGUUGAUAAAGCCAUUUACCUUUCUGGUUACCGGAUGCGCUUAGGGUCUAGCACGGACAAAAAGGAUUCAGGCCGCCUGCACGUGGAUUUUGCCCAGGCCAGAGAUGACUUCUAUGAGUGGGAGUGCAAGCAGAGGAUGCGCGCCCGGGAGGAGCGGCACCGGCGCAAGCUGGAGGAGGACCGGCUCCGGCCCCCCUCCCCGCCGGCCAUAAUGCACUACUCGGAGCACGAAGCCGCUUUGCUGGCCGAAAAGCUGAAAGACGAUAGCAAGUUUUCAGAUGCCAUCACGGUGCUCCUCUCCUGGAUUGAGCGAGGGGAAGUAAACCGGCGUUCUGCCAACCAGUUCUACUCCAUGGUCCAGUCGGCCAACAGCCACGUCCGCCGGCUGAUGAACGAGAAGGCCACCCACGAGCAGGAGAUGGAGGAGGCCAAGGAGAGCUUCAAAAACGCCUUAACCGGGAUCCUCACUCAAUUUGAGCAGAUUGUGGCCGUUUUCAACGCUUCUACCAGACAAAAAGCUUGGGACCAUUUCUCGAAAGCUCAGCGCAAGAACAUAGACAUUUGGCGAAAGCAUUCUGAGGAGCUCCGGAACGCUCAGAGUGAGCAGCUCAUGGGCAUCCGUCGCGAAGAAGAAAUGGAAAUGUCGGAUGAUGAGAAUUGUGACAGCCCCACUAAAAAAAUGAGAGUUGAUGAAUCAGCCCUGGCCGCCCAGGCCUACGCUCUCAAAGAGGAGAACGACAGCCUCCGCUGGCAGCUGGACGCCUACAGGAAUGAGGUAGAGCUGCUGAAGCAGGAAAAAGAGCAGCUCUUCCGAACAGAGGAGAGCCUCACCAAGGACCAGCAGCUGCAGUUCCUGCAGCAGACCAUGCAGGGCAUGCAACAGCAAUUGCUGACUAUCCAGGAGGAGCUAAACAACAAAAAAUCAGAAUUGGAACAAGCAAAAGAAGAACAGUCCCACACACAGGCGUUACUUAAAGUCCUCCAGGAACAAUUAAAAGGCACCAAGGAAUUGGUCGAGACCAACGGCCAUAGCCACGACGAUGCAAAUGAAAUUAAUGUGUUGACAGUUGCAUUGGUCAACCAAGACCGUGAGAACAAUAUUGAGAAAAGAAGCCAAGGCUUAAAAUCAGAGAAAGAAGCUCUGCUAAUAGGCAUCAUAUCCACGUUCCUUCAUGUCCAUCCAUUUGGAGCCAAUAUAGAAUACCUUUGGUCAUACAUGCAACAGCUGGACUCCAAGAUAUCUGCAAACGAAAUUGAAAUGCUUCUGAUGAGGCUGCCACGCAUGUUUAAACAGGAGUUCACCGGCGUAGGAGCGACACUGGAAAAAAGGUGGAAGCUGUGUGCCUUUGAAGGAAUUAAAACUACCUAACUGUGAAGAGCCAAGAACCUCUGGAAAUGCAACCAUGGGAGGCCGGCCGGGGCCGUGCGUCUGGCAGGAGGCUCUCGCAGGAGGGCUGGGGCUGGCCCAGCAGUGGCACCUUUGCAGAGCCAUCAGAACCUGACUUUAGUUACAUCCGUGGCGUUCUCUUGUGAGUGGAAAUGUAAUUGUGUACCAGUUCCUUAAACAAAAAAAAAAAAAUAAUAAUAAGGUUCAUACUGUGACAGAUCUGUUUCCUAUGAACACCAAACGAUGAUUCCACAGUCGUAAUGAUGGCAAAAUCUUAAAAUGUGCUGCAUUUGAGAAUAGCUCUCCAAGCAAAAUAUUUAAAGUUAAUGAUGGUGUAGCAAUGGUUGUUGCUAGGCUACAGAGUUGUGUAUGUAAUGUAUAGCCGAAAUCAUUAAACGACAUUUUCCUAAAAGUCUUUCUUCCUGUUUUAGUAACAAAACAACAAAGUAAUUUUACACUGAGGAAAAAUCAUACCAAAAGAAAACUUGAAGUUGUGUCUGAAGUUAUGGUAUUUUGUAAAUUAAGUUAUAUGCUGUUCCAGGGACUUUUGCCUUACUGAAGGGGCAGAAAAUGUGAUUGGACUCCUUGAGAAUGCUUUAUCAAGAAUAUUAUUUUUCUAAUGUAACAAUUCUCCAUCGUAAGUUCUUUUAACAUGGACUGCAUAACAGUUUUCAUAAAAUGUAAAUAAAGGAGAAACUAGUGCCACUGGCUUGUACUCAGUAUGUAACGUUCAGGUUCAUGCAUCAAAAUAAACAUUCGGUAAAUAUUCCUGUUACAAAUUUUAUAGCAAAGAUGUUAAUUUUUUUCAAUAAAUAUGACUUCUACCAUACUGAUUUUGCAAA